CCUGGCUGGGUUUUUGGUGUACGAGUGACAAAAAGCGCAUAUGAGCACCUGGUUGGAAGUCGACUAACAAGUAGUGCACUUCAGGGAUCUGUCAAACGCCACGCAUCUACAAGAGUGACACUUCACAGUUUCAGAGGUGAUGAAAUGUCAAGGUGCAACAGUUCUUCUUUUUAAUCCCAUAUCAGACCGAAGUCUGAGAACUGACUUCUGUAAUAAGUCUGUGGACAGCGGUGUAACAAAAACACUAACUCUUAUGAAUCAGAUCAGCCGUGUCAAUCCUGAAAUAGACUCUCUGAACUCCAGUGACUUUACAACAGGUCAAUGCGGCUUCACAUAGACUGAAUGACACGCAGAAGUUAUGUUUAUGUGAUCAACUCAAGCGUCACAGGUUUAGUUUUGGGCGAGUAGAUCUAUUUAAAGCAACAAUAAAAAGUUAGGAUAUACAUAUUUAGCAGUCAAUUCUGUUUAUAUUUAUACUGUACACUGUUUCUCAUGAGAGGAACUUGCCAGUCACAUAGACAAAUGCUGCUGAAAUGCGUGUAGGAUUUUAUUGCAUCUCCUGCUUUUGCCCAAAUGUAAUAGAGCUGAGUGUAAUCCCAGUGUUUGAGUAAAUGUAAUUAGUUACUGUGCUUAAGUAUCUUUUUUCGCAACUUUGUACUUGGACUGAGUAUCGAAGAUAUUAGCAGCUUUUACUCUCUACUGACUACAUUUUUCAAUACGUAUGUACUCUUACUCCACUGCAUUUGUAAUUACUCAUUACAUUUUGCAUUGCAUCAGACUUUUUCUGCAGCAGUUUAUUUCUGCUACAAAAGAAAAAAUAUUACCACGCAGGGUGUUGACAGCAGAUCUUGUGAGUUUUGUCAUUAUGCAACUCGCACUUUACAUGAAUGUGAGUGCAUUAGCAGCUGCUGAAUCGCAGAUGUUUCAUAUGAGAUGAGGACAUAGCUGCAGCCAGUGAUAAGGGCCAAAACCAGCACGUCCAGUGCAAGUGGUGUUGAGGCCUACAGCAUCUUUUAUCCUUCAUCCUGAAACACAUGAGACUGAUAUCGACAACAACAAUCAGAUAUGAGGGGAACAACCCCAACGUAACAGGCACAGCUGUAAGACUGAAAGAAACAAGAGUUGAUCACUAAUUCAGAGACAGACAGGUAGUCAGACAGACAGGCAAUCUGAUGCCAACGGUGUCCUCCGUGACUCUCACGGGACGACUCCUCCUGCUGUUGCUAUGGGCACCCCACCUCACCAUGGCAAGCAACUGGCUUUCUCUGGCACGUCUGCCACGCUCGCGUCCUGUGUCUGGUGCAGAACCAUGUGGCCGUCUGAGGGGGUUGACACCAGGCCAAGUCGGGGUGUGCCGGGCACGGGGGGAGGUCAUGGAGUCCGUGCGAAAGGCUGCAGAGAUGGUCAUUGAGGAGUGUCAACACCAGUUUCGAAACCGGCGCUGGAACUGUUCCACCACCCCUCGCGGGAUCAAUAUUUUUGGACGAGUCAUGAACCAAGGCACCCGUGAGGCGGCUUUUGUCCAUGCUCUCUCAUCAGCAGCAGUUGCUGUGGCUGUGACUCGGGGCUGUAGCAGGGGAGAACUGGAGAGGUGCGGCUGUGACCGAAAGGUCAGGGGGGUCAGUCCCGAAGGUUUCCAGUGGUCAGGUUGCUCUGAUAAUCUGUCCUACGGCGUUGCAUUCUCUCAGACCUUUGUGGAUGAGCCAGAGAGAGCUAAAGGCAUGUCGUCAGGGCGGCCACUAAUGAACAUUCACAAUAAUGAGGCAGGACGGAAGGCGAUCCUCCAUAACAUGCAGGUUGAGUGUAAGUGUCAUGGUGUUUCGGGGUCCUGUGAGCUCAGAACUUGCUGGAAGGUCAUGCCUCCGUUCCGCCGGGUCGGUGCUGUGCUGAAAGAACGUUUUGAUGGGGCCACAGAGGUACGGCUGACACGUGUGGGCUCUCGGACAGCUCUCCUUCCACGGGACCCCCAAGUGAAGCCACCAGCUGCACGGGACUUGGUUUACCUAGCCCCUUCACCAGAUUUCUGCCGCUUGGAUCCAGACAAUGGCAUUCCUGGCACUGCAGGACGACGUUGUAAUGGAACCUCACGGUUGGCACCAGACGGAUGUGAACUGUUAUGUUGUGGCCCAGGUUUUCGAGCAGGCCGGGCUGAGGUGGUCCAGCGCUGCUCCUGUAAGUUCUCCUGGUGCUGUUCAGUUCGCUGCCAGCAGUGUAAGAACACAGUGCUCAUACACACCUGCCGAGAAUGAGACGUACCUGGAAAAACUGCGCAACCACACCAGAAGCACCUCAUCUCAUGCCAGCCUGCAUUAAUGCCCACAUGAUGAAAAACAAACCAGCUCCAUUUAAAACAUUCUGCAUCAUGUCUCCUAUUUGGUGACUUUAAAGUUCUUUCAGAUGUGACAUUACAUUAUGUAAUUAUUUUAAUCUUCAAUUGCACUUUUGCUAAAAAGGAACAUGCAGACGCUAUUACAUUUCUUAAAUGCUACAAAACCAUUAACUAACAUGCUCAGACAACGCUCUUUAAGCUGAGAUUAACCUCUGAAUAAUAGCAGAAGAAUAAUGUUAGUUUAGUUUGAGGCCUUAGCAUUUAAUUCUAGAGUCUCUCUCCCUGUUUACUGUAUUUAUGAAUUUCUUUUCAGUUUUGCUGAUUGUGUUUAUUUAUUUGACUUCAUCAUGCCAGUGUGGCAUUAUCUCUGGAUGGAAAGUUCCACCUGCAAACUCUGCAGCUUUAGCUGUUUUGUUUCAGCUUGUCCUAUUGCAUAGAGGCUCAUUUAUUGCCAUUAUCUCAUUUUUAUAAUCUAUAUGGCCUAAAAUAAAGUUGU